ACUUGAAUAGAAAUUGCACCAAAAAAUAGAAACUACUUGAAUACAAAGCUUCGAAUUUUCAAUUACUGGUUGUCUCCAAUGGCGGCCUCUUCCUCUUCUAACUUGGAUCCGCAACUGGAAGAAGAGGAAUUCUUGUACGGCGCCGAAUCUGGUUGGGUUGAAGCUCGAACAUGGUGCGAUCACUUGGGUUGUCUAUCCUCUGAUCUUGCUCACAUUCCGGCUCCCGAUACUCCUUGCAACAGGUGCCUACAUCCCAGUGAAAACUGGUUAUGUUUGUGCUGUAAGGAUGUUUUAUGCAGCCGGUUUGUGAAUAAGCAUAUGCUUCAGCAUUAUAAUCAAACAACUCAUUGUCUAGCACUCAGCUAUAGUGACUUGUCAGUUUGGUGUUUCAAAUGUGAUGCGUAUCUGGAUGCUCAAGUGAUUCUGCAACUGCAACCUGUUUAUGAGACUGCUUACAUACUGAAGUUUGGUGAGGCUCCUCCAUUUCGGACAGUUGAUCACCCUGAUGUGGAAGAUAACCAGGCCAAGGGUAUUUCAUCAGGCAGUUAAAUCUUGUUUUAUUGCACUGUCCUCUGUUUCCCCAGUAGGCAUCUGCUUAGAAACAAUGUGAUUGAUGAAUCCACAAACUUUUUCUUCUUCACAUCAGUUAUCUAUUUAACAGGAAAAUGGUAAAAACAUUGUUUGUCUUUUGCUUGUACAUCUGAUGAGCAACCCUUUUUCUUUCCUAGACAAGACCAGGAAGAGAGCUAGGUUUGGAUGGCACAGGCUGUGAUUUUAUUAUAUCUCAGGUAGACAAUUAGAGAAAAUCUCAACCAACUACAUGUUCCUUUCUAAUUUGGAGGUCACAAAGCUCUUAGGCUUAGAACCAUUAGGCAAAACAAGCUGACCUGUAUCUUUUAUAUAUGUCUCAUUCUCUUUUCUUUAAAAUGGAAACAAAUAUCAGGAAAUUUA